UCGCUUGGAGAAGCCGCACGCAGGUGUGCGGGUGGCUGAGCGGACGCGCCCGAGCGCCGCGCGUCCCGAGCAUGGCGGGCUCGCUGCCUCCCUGCGUGGUGGACUGUGGCACCGGGUAUACCAAGCUUGGCUACGCAGGCAACACUGAGCCCCAGUUCAUUAUUCCUUCAUGUAUUGCCAUCAGGGAGUCAGCAAAGGUAGUCGACCAAGCCCAGAGGAGAGUGUUGAGGGGAGUUGAUGACCUUGAUUUUUUCAUAGGGGAUGAAGCCAUUGAUAAACCUACGUAUGCUACAAAGUGGCCAAUACGACAUGGGAUCAUUGAAGACUGGGAUCUUAUGGAAAGGUUCAUGGAACAAGUAGUUUUUAAGUAUCUUCGCGCUGAGCCUGAAGACCAUUAUUUCUUGAUGACAGAACCUCCCCUGAACACUCCAGAAAACAGAGAAUACCUUGCAGAAAUUAUGUUUGAAUCAUUCAAUGUCCCAGGACUCUACAUUGCAGUUCAGGCAGUGCUGGCCUUAGCAGCCUCUUGGACGUCCCGACAAGUUGGUGAACGCACCUUGACAGGGAUCGUCAUUGACAGUGGGGACGGCGUCACGCAUGUCAUCCCAGUGGCAGAAGGUUAUGUAAUUGGAAGCUGCAUCAAACACAUCCCGAUUGCAGGUAGAGAUAUUACGUAUUUCAUUCAACAGCUGCUAAGGGAGAGGGAGGUGGGAAUCCCUCCUGAGCAGUCACUGGAGACCGCAAAAGCCAUUAAGGAGAAGUACUGUUACAUUUGCCCUGACAUAGUAAAGGAAUUUGCUAAAUAUGACAUGGAUCCUCGGAAGUGGAUCAAACAAUACACGGGUAUCAAUGCCAUCAAUCAGAAGAAGUUCAUUAUAGAUGUUGGUUACGAAAGGUUCCUGGGACCUGAGAUCUUCUUCCACCCAGAGUUUGCCAACCCAGACUUUAUGGAAUCCAUCUCAGACGUGGUGGACGGAGUGAUCCAGAAUUGUCCCAUCGAUGUGCGGCGCCCGCUGUAUAAGAACGUCGUCCUUUCAGGAGGUUCUACAAUGUUCAGGGAUUUCGGACGUCGGUUACAGAGAGAUCUAAAAAGAGUGGUGGAUGCCAGACUAAAACUGAGUGAAGAGCUGAGUGGCGGCAGAAUCAAGCCGAAGCCCGUGGAGGUGCAGGUCAUCACCCAUCACAUGCAGCGCUACGCCGUGUGGUUCGGAGGCUCGAUGCUGGCGUCCACCCCGGAGUUCUUCCAGGUCUGCCAUGCCAAGAAGGACUACGAGGAAUACGGCCCGGGUAUCUGCCGCCACAACCCUGUCUUCGGAGUCAUGUCUUAGUGUCUGCCUUGAUGAGCAUCCGAUCGUGCCAUAGUGGGGAGCAAGUGUCCUUCCGAACAUAGCGACGUCUGGUGUUGGUGUCCGGGCGGCGUGCUCGCGCUGCCCAGUGCAUGAGGCACAGCACGGAGUCCUUUCAGUACAAGCCAUCGACAUACGUGCGACUGUUGUGUACCCCUCCUUCCCUCACCUCUCCCUCUCCUCCCUCGCUCCAUCUUCUCUCCUCCUCCCCCCUCAGGCUCCUAGUUGACUGAUGUCAUUCUGAAGGAAUUCAAAUGCAGCUUGAAAAAUUGUUAGGGGGAAAAAAAGAAACCACUAGAAGAUGGCGCAAAACAGUUCAUCCUCCCCCUCCCCCCAGAAGACAUGGGAUUGUAAACCCUUUUCCUCCCAAGCUAUUUUUGUAAAUAAAAUGUUAUAAACUUGAAAUACAAAUCGAUGUUUAUAUUUCCUAUCAUUUUGUAUUUAUGGUAUUUGGUACAACUGACUGACCCUAAGCACGAAGAGAUACUGCUGUCCUGGAGUGCGUAGUUUUUAAGUUUUUAAUUGUGAGGCAUGUGCUGAUGUGUUUUUAGACAGACAGUAUAACAGAGUAAACUCUUCUUGCUGUGUGUUUGCUAGAACAUGAAUACACUUUAUUGGAGCGGCAUGAAGUUUGAACACUUGAAGAGUAUUGUAUGAGAAUUACUGUCGAUCAUGUAUGUUUUGAUUCUUGUUUGAACCUUCUGGAGCUGUUUUAUAGACGAUGAUAAUUUGUUGUUGGUGAGUGUUGAAUGCCAUACCACCUUGCACCAUUGAAAUAAAAGCUGUUAGAAUCUU